CUUCACACAUAUGAACAUCACAUAAACACACACAUACACAUAGAUAACUCAUCCGAAUGUGCAUUACUAACAACAUUAUACAUUCUACUGAACAAAUCACUCCAAAUUCAAAAUCAAUAUCAACAUUUCCGAUAGUCAGUAGCAAUAAAGAUAAAAUGAUGAAUCACUUCACACAUUCACUUGUCAAUCUAACACAAACUCAUCAACAUCACAUCAUUCAUCAACUGAAACAUCAAACAUCCAACAUCAAACUUCAAUCAGAAUCAUUGCACACUCAUGUCCACAAUGCAUCAUACUCACAUUCAAAUCUCGAUCAAUUCAAUCAUUCACAUUCUGAGAGCAGUGAAUUGAGUUGGUGUUACUCUAACCAUUCUCAAUUGACCGUUAUUGCAUCUUACUCAAUAUCCUCAAAUAGCUCACACUUCAUUCACUAGGUGACUGACUGACCAUCAACCAUUACAUUUCAACCAUGUAGAAUUAUGGUUGAUU